UAGUCACCUGACAGGCGGGUGGGUAGAAAGGAGAGCGAGCCGACGGGAAGCGAAAGCAACUGAGCUCACGUGACUGUCCCGAGGUGCUGCGGUGGGCGAGGCUGGGCUGAGGCGGCUCCUCGCGGGGCAGGCGGAGUACGUGAGGCCGAGGCUUUGAGGCCUAAAGCGGAAGGAGCCGGGGGCGGCUUCCAGGGCCGCGGACCUUCCUGCUGCUUCCUCCCUCACGCUCCCGCCGUUGCCGAGGCCGGUCCAGGAACAGAGGUGUGGGAUGCCGAACACCGCCAUGAAGAAGAAGGUGCUCUUGAUGGGGAAGAGCGGGUCCGGCAAGACCAGUAUGAGAUCCAUUAUUUUUGCCAACUACAUCGCGCGGGACACACGGCGCCUCGGAGCUACAAUUGAUGUGGAACACUCACACGUUCGGUUCCUGGGCAACUUGGUUUUGAACUUAUGGGACUGUGGCGGGCAGGACACCUUCAUGGAGAACUACUUCACCAGCCAACGGGACAACAUCUUUCGCAACGUGGAGGUCCUGAUCUAUGUCUUCGACGUAGAGAGCCGGGAGCUAGAAAAGGACAUGCACUACUACCAGUCCUGCCUGGAGGCCAUCCUCCAGAACUCCUCCGAUGCCAAGAUCUUCUGCCUUGUGCACAAGAUGGACCUGGUGCAGGAGGACCAGCGUGACCUGAUUUUCAAAGAGCGGGAGGAAGACCUGAAGCGCUUGUCCCGCCCGCUGGAAUGCGCCUGCUUCAGAACAUCCAUCUGGGAUGAAACCCUCUACAAGGCUUGGUCCAGCAUUGUCUACCAGCUGAUUCCCAACGUCCAGCAGUUGGAGAUGAACCUCCGGAACUUCGCACAGAUUAUUGAAGCUGAUGAAGUCCUUCUCUUUGAAAGAGCUACGUUCCUGGUCAUCUCUCACUACCAGUGUAAAGAGCAGCGUGAUAUCCACCGAUUUGAGAAAAUCAGCAACAUCAUUAAACAGUUCAAGCUGAGCUGCAGUAAGCUGGCUGCCUCUUUCCAGAGCAUGGAGGUCAGGAAUUCCAACUUUGCUGCCUUCAUCGACAUCUUUACCUCCAACACUUACGUGAUGGUUGUCAUGUCGGACCCUUCCAUCCCCUCUGCGGCGACGCUGAUCAAUAUCCGAAAUGCCCGGAAGCAUUUUGAGAAGCUGGAGCGAGUGGACGGUCCCAAGCACAGCCUGCUGGUCCGUUGAAUGGCGGAAGGAACUGCCCUUUAUUCUGUGGAAACACUCUCUUUCUCCUCCCCGCAGCCUCUCUCUCUGAUGCUGCGGGUGUCUGUUCUGUGGGCUUUGAAAUGCGUGUCCUGCUGCUCCCCCACCGCCAUCUUGUCCUUUUCCUGGCCAGCUCCAUGGACCUUUGGGAGCGGCCUCCUGCAGCUUUGGGGAGAGGCGCAAGGUGGGACCUGGCCCCAUUAUCACAUACAGCAGUGAUGCCUUUUUUUGCUCUCUCCUACACGGUGAGAUACGACAGAGAUGGGACGUGUGCUGUUUUAUCAACACCUCGACUAGAACACCUUUAUAAAUCUACUUCUUCUUGUCUUCAAUCAUGACAAUAAAUUUUGUUACCAGGGA